AUGUCGCCCGUCUCUGCCAUCGCAAACCGCACCGCCUUGGUGUUUGGAGCUUCUGGCAUCACCGGAUGGGCCAUUGUGCGGGAAGCGCUCACGUAUCCAACAGCGACAACAUUUAGCCGCGUCAUCGGACUCACAAAGCGGCCUCUGGAUCGAGAAAAAUCCUUCCUGCCAGAUGAUAGCCGCCUCACGCUGGCUCACGGGGUGGAUCUCACCGCGAGCGUAGACGAUGUCGUGGCCAAGCUGGCCGAGAUUGACGGCAUCAAGAACGUCACUGACGUGUACUUUGCUGGUACGAGCCCACAACCUCCUGUCAAACUAGGCAUGAUUCGAAAGGUCAACGUCCGUAUUCUUGAAACAGCAGUCCAAGCGGUUGAGCGAGUCAGUCCAAAUCUACAGUUCUGGACUCUGCAAACAGGCGGCAAGUCGUACGGGUUUGUGCAUGUUCCGCAUCUGGGGUUCCCGAAGGUUCCGGCCAAGGAAACAGACCCGCGUAUUCCACAGCCAUAUCAAGACCAAGUCUUCUAUUAUGCUCAGUACGAUGCUCUCCAGAGGCUCUCCGUUGAGAAGAGUUGGAGCUUCGCCGAGAUUCGCCCAGAUCUAGUGAUUGGCUUCGUACCCGGCGGCGGCAACGCGAUGAACUAUGUCCAGGCCCUCGGUAUUUUCCUAAGCUUCUAUGCUUAUCGUCACCAAGACUCUUCCGGAGAGAAGAAAACUAUUCCAUAUCCUGGUCCUCUAGCUGCUUACAACAGCCAUUAUACCGAAAUCGGGCAAACAACAUUGGCUAGAGCACACAUCUUUGCUUCCGGCCUGAAAGACGCCCAAAGUGGAGAGGUUUACAACGUGGGGGACUCUCCGGUCACUGCAGGAAACAGCUGGGCUGAGAAAUGGGCGUCCAUUUGCGACAUGUUCGGCCUCGCAGGCGUCCCGCCUGAGGAAUCCGCCAGCUUCAGUGUGGCAGCCUACAUGGCGCAGCAUCGCGACGAGUGGGAGAGCUUCGAGACCCAGCAUGGCUUGAUGCCAGGUGUCAUCCAGAGGACAAGCUGGGAAUUCAUGGAUGUGCUCACAUCGUUGCCCGUGUUCGAUCGGCAGUAUGACCUCACCAAGGCAAGGGCUGCAGGGUUCGAGAGUCGCUCGAAUGUGCUCAAGAAUUACGAAGAAGCCUUUGGCUUGAUGAAGGCUGCCAAGAUUAUUCCUUAG